UCAACUUCGCUAACCACCAUGGAAGGAAGAAGUCGGUGAGGAUUCCAUUUGUUUUGAGACGAAGCUAGUAGCCAUCCAUCCAUCCAACCAACCAACCUAUCUAUAAUCUUCGCAACAAUCCCAUUUCAUCAGCUGGAUAAAGCAUUUUCAUCAUCAGGCUGUGCCUGAGCGAGCCAAUGCCAUGCUUGUCUGAAGCUCAGCUCAGCUCAGCUCGCCAGCACCAUGCACCUCGAGAUGUCGCCCGACAGCCUCCUCUUCUUCUGCUCCGUCACGGCGUCGGCGGCCGCCGGCUUCUGCCUCUUCUCGCUGUACAGGCGGCUCGCGCGGCGCUGCCACGCCGCCACGGCUGCCGCUGGAGGCGAGGAGGAGCGCCCGCCGCCGAUCACGGUGGCUUCCAGCAUCCCGGAGUUCAUGUACGACCGGCUGGUCCGCCACAGCGGCAAGGGCGCGAGCUGGACGGAGUGCGCCGUCUGCCUCGGCACGAUCCAGGCCGGCGCCAUGGUGAAGCUGCUGCCGGCGUGCGCGCACAUCUACCACGUCGACUGCAUCGACCUGUGGCUGUCUUCCCACCCGACCUGCCCUCUCUGCCGCUGCAGGGUUGAUCACCCCAAGCAAAAUCAGCUUUCCCCUGCGUAGAUUCACCAUGUCUGCAAGAAAUGUAUUUGAGUUAGGAGUUAGGGUUUAAAAAAACCAUUCUAUUGCAAAAUCUGUAUAUACCGUGUGCAAGUUGAUGAAUGUGAAUGCAGUACCUGACUAGAGAUGUGGAUACAAUCGUCAGGACCGGUUUCAUGAUUUUUGUUCUUCAGAUAGUAGAUAGACUUCUUCAUUGGCAGAUAAAACUUCUACAAGAACUUUGUAAGUAUCAGAUGAACUUCUCCAAAAGUCAGUACUCAAGACAUACACAUUUCAGGGAAUUGUAGCAUUCUGAUAGGGCAAUGCAUCAUACAGCCACAGUCGUCACCAAAACGGUGCGGCGAGGUUCAUAUGUGAAAGA